AAAUUGAUGAUGUUAAACUUUCAUGGACACUCCCCAAGUGGGUGGCCAGAAGCCGCUGGCAGCUCUCAGGCUCUGCUGGGAGGGGAAGACACGGUGCAAGACGAGUCUGCUCUCCCCUGAAAACUUUGACAACUCAGCGAAAGGAAUUAGCGAACCAAUACAUGUUAGUUUAAUAGCUAGCUUUCAAAAACUGCAGUGCUAAGAGGUGAUGCUGGGGGUGGCCGGAAUGACGGGCAGCAUUGCUAAUGCCCUGGCCAGUGCGGCCUGUGAGCGAUGUAAGAGUGGCUUUGCUCCGACUGAGAAGAUUGUCAACAGUAAUGGAGAGCUGUACCAUGAGCAGUGCUUUGUGUGUGCCCAGUGUUUCCAGCAGUUCCCAGAGGGACUCUUCUAUGAGUUUGAAGGAAGAAAAUAUUGUGAACAUGACUUCCAAAUGCUAUUUGCCCCUUGCUGUCACCAGUGUGGGGAGUUCAUCAUUGGUCGUGUCAUUAAGGCCAUGAACAAUAGUUGGCACCCUGACUGCUUCUGCUGUGACAUUUGCCAGGCUGUGCUCGCAGAUGUGGGGUUUGUCAAAAAUGCAGGCAGGCACCUGUGUCGCCCGUGCCAUAACCGUGAGAAAGCUCGUGGCCUGGGCAAGUAUAUCUGCCAGAAGUGCCAUGCCAUCAUUGAAGAGCAGCCACUGAUCUUUAAGAAUGACCCCUAUCACCCAGACCACUUCAACUGCAACAAUUGUGGGAAGGAAUUGACCGUUGAAGCCAGGGAACUGAAGGGAGAGCUUUACUGUUUGCCCUGCCACGACAAGAUGGGUGUACCAAUCUGUGGUGCCUGUAGGAGACCCAUCGAGGGGCGUGUUGUCAAUGCCAUGGGCAAGCAGUGGCAUGUGGAGCAUUUUGUGUGUGCCAAGUGUGAGAAACCUUUCCUUGGCCAUCGGCAUUAUGAGAGGAAGGGGUUGGCUUACUGUGAGACUCAUUAUAACCAGCUCUUCGGCGAUGUGUGCUAUCACUGCAACCGUGUGAUUGAAGGCGAUGUGGUGUCUGCUCUCAACAAGGCCUGGUGUGUCAGUUGUUUCUCAUGCUCCACCUGCAACACGAAACUGACUCUCAAAGAUAAGUUUGUUGAAAUUGACCUGAAGCCGGUGUGCAAGCACUGCUAUGAGCGCAUGCCCGAGGAGCUGAAACGUCGCCUGGCUCGACGUGAGCGUGAUGCCAAAGACCGCAAGAAAAAACCUGCUGUCUGUCUGUAGAGUUAUUAUUCUUAUCGACUCACCACUCUAUCCGUUGGAACAAAUUUGUUGAGUUUGACAUGAAGCCUGUCUGUAAAAAGUGUUACGAGAAGUUUCCUCUGGAGCUGAAGAAAAGGCUCAAGAAGCUGGCGGAGUCGUUGGGACGCAAGUAAGCGGCUUCCAGCCAAACAACCUGGAAUUGUUCCUACUAUGUCUGUGAUAGUAAAAUAUCCAGGAGAACUGCUGCAUAACAAAAUAAGGACCUGGCGUUAUAAAAGUACGCAAAUAUUAGUAAUUAAAUCUGGGAUCCAUUAAAAAAUCUAAAUAUAUAUAUGUUGUCAUAAAGGUGCCUGUCAGCAGAUGUCUUUUUUUCUUGCUGUUUUCUUUUAUAAGCAAAUGUAAAUUGUUUUUUAAAAAACAUUCCUAAAUUGUCCAAAUUAGUUUUUCUCUCCUAGAAAAGACGUGGUGUCCUAGUUUAUUAUGACUUAACCAUGAGCAUGAUCGCCAACUGCUAUACAAGAUUGUUGUUUGACAUUAUAUCGACUUACACGUGUGCCUUGAAUAUAUAAACUGUGUCUUAAAAUGCAAAUAUUGGUUAAAAUGUGACUUACAUGCAGUUAUAAUAGUUAUGCCUUAAUAUAGCCAUCUUAAAAGACAAAUGAUCUACUAAAAGCAGAAUGUUACCAGCUAUUUACCUUAGCCUUUGAGUUUUUAUAUCUCCGUAUGAAUAAUAAAGCAACCACAUUGUUCUUUAAGAUAUUGUAAUGAUGUCUCCUCAUGACUAAAUGAAUAAAAUGUUUCAAGAAAAACGUAGACAUGAGCCAUUACCGGAGCAAGGCUCAUAUACAAAACAUUCAGUGUGAAUGAUUCCACUGGAUAAAGUUAAUAAAAUAAAUAUCAAAUGGUGAUGAA